AAGUAAGAAUCAAGCUCUACAAUGACAACCUAUUUGGAAUUCAUCCAACAAAAUGAAGAGCGAGAUGGAGUCCGGUUCAGUUGGAAUGUUUGGCCAUCAAGUCGGCUGGAGGCCACCAGAAUGGUUGUCCCAGUGGCAGCCCUAUUUACACCACUGAAAGAGAGGCCUGAUUUACCUCCUAUUCAGUACGAACCUGUUCUGUGCAGUAGGACGACCUGCCGCGCAGUGUUGAAUCCUUUAUGUCAAGUGGAUUAUCGAGCAAAACUAUGGGCUUGCAACUUUUGUUAUCAAAGGAAUCAGUUUCCACCUACUUAUGCUGGGAUAUCUGAACUGAAUCAGCCUGCUGAACUUUUACCUCAGUUUUCUAGCAUUGAAUAUGUAGUUCUGCGUGGCCCUCAGAUGCCUUUGAUAUUCCUCUAUGUGGUUGAUACUUGCAUGGAAGAUGAAGAUUUACAAGCCCUGAAAGAAUCCAUGCAGAUGUCAUUAAGUCUCUUACCACCUACAGCUUUGGUUGGACUGAUUACUUUUGGGCGAAUGGUACAGGUUCAUGAACUUGGAUGUGAAGGCAUUUCCAAAAGUUACGUCUUCAGAGGAACAAAAGACCUGUCUGCCAAGCAACUGCAGUGUACUUUUCCCAACACUGGUGCUCGUAUCAUGAUGUUCAUUGGUGGUCCUGCUACCCAGGGGCCUGGAAUGGUGGUUGGAGAUGAACUGAAGACACCUAUAAGAUCAUGGCAUGACAUUGAUAAAGACAAUGCUAAAUAUGUAAAAAAGGGAACAAAGCAUUUUGAAGCGUUGGCUAACCGAGCUGCUACAACUGGCCAUGUUAUUGACAUCUAUGCCUGUGCGCUAGAUCAGACAGGUCUCAUGGAAAUGAAAUGCUGUCCCAACCUUACUGGAGGAUACAUGGUGAUGGGUGAUUCUUUCAAUACUUCCUUAUUCAAACAAACUUUUCAAAGAGUCUUUACCAAAGAUAUGCAUGGACAAUUUAAAAUGGGCUUUGGGGGGACAUUAGAAAUAAAGACCUCAAGGGAGAUAAAGAUUUCUGGAGCUAUUGGACCUUGUGUGUCUCUCAAUUCUAAAGGACCCUGCGUGUCUGAAAAUGAGAUAGGAACGGGUGGCACUUGUCAGUGGAAGAUAUGUGGACUGAGUCCCACCACAACCCUAGCCAUAUAUUUUGAGGUUGUUAACCAGCAUAAUGCUCCGAUUCCUCAAGGAGGACGUGGUGCAAUCCAAUUUGUGACCCAGUACCAGCAUUCCAGUGGGCAGAGACGUAUCCGAGUGACCACCAUUGCUAGGAAUUGGGCAGAUGCUCAGACUCAAAUCCAGAACAUCGCUGCGUCCUUUGACCAGGAGGCAGCUGCCAUUCUUAUGGCCCGGCUGGCAAUAUAUAGAGCAGAAACAGAGGAAGGGCCGGAUGUGCUCAGGUGGCUGGACAGACAGCUCAUUCGGCUGUGCCAGAAAUUUGGAGAGUAUCACAAAGAUGAUCCAAGCUCCUUCAGAUUUUCCGAAACUUUCUCCCUUUAUCCACAGUUUAUGUUUCAUUUAAGAAGAUCUCCUUUUUUGCAAGUUUUUAACAACAGUCCUGAUGAGAGUUCGUACUACCGGCACCAUUUUAUGCGUCAAGAUCUGACCCAGUCUCUAAUCAUGAUUCAGCCUAUUCUAUAUGCGUAUUCUUUUAGUGGACCACCAGAGCCGGUUCUCCUCGACAGCAGCAGCAUUCUUGCAGAUCGUAUUCUUCUCAUGGACACAUUCUUCCAGAUUCUGAUUUAUCAUGGUGAGUUCACUGAGCUGCUGCACGUUGACCCUGAUGACCAGGAGGAAGAGGGUGCCAAUACUGACCUGGACUUCCAGAGGAAGGAAUAUGGCUCAUGCAUGAAGGCCGUGGAGGUGGAUGAGAGGCCUACAGAGCAGUAUAGUGACACUGGUGGCCUGGACAAGCAGAUUGAGGAGCUGGUGGAGGCCAUUGUCUUGCCAGUGAACCACAAGGAGAAGUUUGAGAAUGGGGAUCCACCCUCCAAACGGGGUGCUGAUACCAAGGCCACCUUCCUGAAGUUGGCUGGGCCCCAGCUUGUACAGAUGUUCAUCAGGGACGGGGCCAAAUUGGUCCAGGAUGACUUCGUGCUGGCCAAGGAGAAAGCGCUGUCCAUCAUCUUCAUUGACAAGCUGGAUAUCAUUGGCACCAAGUGCUUUGACAGCGAGAAGGCCUGGGACUGGGAAGUGCAGAGGACCAAGCUGGAGCUCCUAAACCAGCUGGACGGCUUCCAGCCCAACACCCAAGUCAAGGAGAUCACCGCCACCAACAGGGUAGAUAUCCUGGACCCUGCCUUGCUCCUCUCAGGCUGCCUAGACCAAAAGAUCAAGUUUCUGAUGUCCAGUGAGGAGGCCUGGGCCCGAAUUAUGCAGAUCAACUCUCGGAAGAUGAAUGUCAGCCCGGACACGAGCUACGAGGAGCUGGCCUGCUGCACUGAUGACUUCAAUGGGGCCCAGUACAAGACUAUAUGUGUGGAGGUGGGCAUGAUCGCCCUGCUCAGGGGUGCCACAGAGCUGACCCGCGAGGACUACAUGGAGGGCCUCCUGGAGGCCCGUUUUCUGCUUUCCAAAGUCAACCCUUCACAGACUCAUAAUAAUAUGUAUGCCUGGGGACAGGAGUCUGGAGCACCUAUUCUCACAGAUGAUGUUAGUUUGCAAGUAUUUAUGGAUCACCUGAAGAAACUUGCUGUGUCAAGUGCUGCUUGAUAUGCUCGGCGUGUUUGGACACCUCAGGAGAUGAAAUAACAUCGCAGUUACAUUUGUUCUUUUUUCACAUUUUUCAUUU